AUGGAUAUUUUAACUUUGCUAUCCACUAUUGCUGUAUACGGUGUUUUGACCGGUUUAAGUCUUUUAAUAUUUUUAGCCUUCUCGAUUUAUUUAACUACUAAACCAUAUCCUUCUGUGGAGAGAAUGGAAGAGGAAGAAUUUUAUAAAGAUUCAAUAUCCAAAAGAAAAGUGAAGUUUCCCAGUAUUCAAGAUCCAUACAGUGUGCAUUUAAGUGUAAUUGUUCCUGCAUAUAAUGAAGAAGAUAGAUUAAUACCAAUGUUAGAUGAAGCUAUAGACUUCUUGGAUCAAAGAACCAAAGACAACCUAUUAUAUAAAUAUGAAAUAAUAGUAGUAAGUGAUGGUAGUAAAGACAACACAGUAAAACUUGCUGAAAUGUAUGUUGAUAAAUAUGGCAGUGACAAGAUACGUUGCUUGAAUUUGAUAAAAAACAGAGGAAAAGGUGGAGCUGUUAAAUUGGGUAUUUUGAGCUCAAGAGGAGCCACUAUAUUAUUUGCUGAUGCUGAUGGAGCAUCCAAGUUCGAAGAUUUGUCUAAAUUGGAGAUAGCUCUUAAAGAGAUAACGAAAUUUGAUUCCAUAAGCCAACCACAAGAUAUCAGUCAAACUGAGGCUAUUGUUAUUGGCUCUAGGGCACAUCUGGAAAAAGAAUCUUUGGCUAAGAGAAGCAUAUUCAGGAAUAUUCUAAUGUACGGCUUCCACUUCCUAGUGUGGUUGUUCACUGUGAAAGGCAUUAAGGACACACAGUGUGGCUUUAAGUUGUUCACAAGGAAGGCAGCCGAGAUAUCAUUCCAAAGCCUACAUGUUAAUAGAUGGGCAUUUGAUGUGGAGCUUCUCUACAUAGCUCAAAAACUAAACAUUCCAAUCGUAGAAAUUCCCAUUAGAUGGACUGAGAUCGAAGGCUCCAAGGUCACCCCCAUCAUAUCCUGGAUACAAAUGGGAUGCGACUUGGGCCUAAUAUGGUUGAAAUACAGAAUUGGCGCUUGGAAAAUCAAAUAUAACAAA